ACUCUCGUUCUCUUCCCUUCCCAUUUCCUUCCUCCACCCUCUCUCUCUCAUAAGUCAUAUCUCUACAACAACCUCUGCCGCCUGCAUCAGAAAUCGCAAAAGGAUUGUUCCCUUCUCAGCUUUGGUGCAAUUUUCUUCCCUUUUUUGUCUCUCUACAAAUACUCUACAUCCUUAGAUCUACGAAGUUUUCCCGGCCAUUCUGCAGAUCCAUAGGAGUAUGAGCCCCAGUAAGUGACGAAAACUGAAGGCUGAAGACGAGCAACUCUGGUCUAAUGGGGAGAGCAGAGAGUCGGAGGUAAAAACGGCGUGCGGCGAGAUGAGAGUUGGGUCAGGCGCUUGGAUGGCUUGGAGUGGAUGCCCCGACCUGUAGAACAUGGGCAAGGUCGGUGCUACGGGGAAGCACUCUGCGGCAGUGGAGACUUGCUCUGAGCACCGUCGAGCCAUUGCGGGGCCGCCGGGAUGGUCUCACCUACACCAUCCUCACCGCCAUCGAUUCCUUCGGGAUGAACGAAAUGUCCACCUUCAAUGGCGGUUCCCAAAACUAAUCGCCGAGAGCUCUGAGGGGUUCGUCCCAUCCCCACCAGCGCAGUUGGUCUUUCCAAAUCCCCCUCUGCCAUUAUUUGCGAGGAACUGGAGCGGCGGGGUGAGGGUUUUUCUCCAGCUCUACACGAGUCGGUGCGGUACUCUGCCUCGCCACCUGCGAAUUGGUCGGGCUUCUGGUCGGCGACGAAGCAUAUGGAUGCGACUUGAGGAUUGGAAGCGGAGAGAAGAAGAAGUGCAACUCUGUAAGGGGAAGAAGUCUAUGGAUGCGGCUGGAGGAUUGGAUGCGGAGAGAAGAAGAAGUGGAAGGGAAGAAGUCUAUAGGGCGGAGAUCUGGUUUCUCGUGUUAAUUGAGGGUGGAAUCAAUUGAAACAAAACCCUAAAUUGGAUCUUCUUCAAGGAACAACAGAACUGAAGUGGGGAGGUGGAGAACUUCGAGGAAUCGUAUAAAGAGGAAGAGGAAGAAGUAUGAGCCGCCUCCGCUCCACCGUCGCCGACGAAGAUCACCUUAAUGGUGUGUGCCGGAGAGCCGGAGGGAAACAGGUGCUGGUUGUCGGCAGAGAGAAAAUUUAGGAGGAAGAGGAAGGUGAAAAGUUGACUCUCUUUCCUUUUUAUUUUCUGUAUUUUUCUUUUAAUUAAUAAAUUAAUUUAAAACAAAUUCCACCUUGGCAUUGCCACUUAGACAAGACCCUGUCACGUUACAAGUUACCGUUUGUCCGGUCAGCAAUUACGACAGAACCGUUAAGUUUAUAGACGGAAUGCUAUAUUUGUGUAUUUUUCAAAAAAUGGCUAUUAUUGUC